GAAUUCAAGAUUAUGUUAGGUCUCUUUUUCCGCAUAAUCAAUUAGGAGUAAAAUACAGAUAUAGAUUUCCAAUUCCAUGGCGAACUCACUCUCACUCCUCCCCUCCCCUCUCUCUCCGCUUCCCAAACUCUCCAACCCCUCCACCGCCACCACCGCUCUCCGCCUCUUCCCCUCCACUCGAUCGAACACGCUCAUAACUCGCUCCACCCAGUUCACGGUUUCUAACCUCUCCGCCGCCGUCGGGGAAGACUUGCCGGAAGACUACGCCGACUGGUUUCCGAAACCCGAUCCAUACGUCCAACGAAGAGCCGGCGUUCUCCUCCACCCGACAUCGUUUCCCAGCUCCUACGGCAUUGGAGAUCUAGGCGAACAGGCCUUUCGGUUCAUCGAUUGGCUUCACGACGCUGGUUGCUCCCUCUGGCAGGUUCUUCCUCUGGUUCCUCCAGGGCGGAAAGGUAAUGAAGAUGGCUCCCCAUACUCUGGACAGGAUGCAAAUUGUGGUAAUACCCUUUUGAUUUCUCUUGAGGAGCUCGUGAAGGAUGGUCUGUUAAUGAAGGAAGAGCUUCCAAAACCAAUUGAUGGAGACUGUGUAAACUACUCAACCGUUGCUGACGUCAAAGAUCCUCUGAUAGCCAAGGCUGCAAAGAGACUGGUUCUGAGUGAAGGGGAUCUCAAAUGUCAGCUUGAAGAGUUCAAAAAAGACCCUGAUGUUACAAGUUGGCUUGAAGAUGCAGCUUAUUUUGCUGCCAUUGACAACCAUCUAGAUACAUUUAGUUGGUAUAAUUGGCCUGAACCAUUGAAAAAUCGCCAUCUGGCAGCCUUGGAAGAAAUUUAUCAAAGCCAAAAGGAUUUUAUAGAAAUUUUCAUUGCGCAACAGUUUCUAUUCCAAAGGCAAUGGAAAAAAGUCCGUGACUAUGCACAGUUAAGGGGGAUAAGCGUAAUGGGAGACAUGCCCAUUUAUGUUGGUUAUCACAGUGCAGAUGUUUGGGCACACAAGAAACAAUUUUUGCUGAAUAGGAGCGGCUUCCCUCUUCUAGUGAGUGGGGUUCCCCCUGAUGCCUUCAGUGAAACUGGUCAACUGUGGGGCAGCCCUCUAUAUGACUGGAAAGCGAUGGAGAAAUAUGGAUUUUCCUGGUGGAUAUGUCGAUUACAGCGUGCACAGGAUCUAUUUGAUGAAUUCAGGAUAGAUCACUUCAGAGGAUUUGCAGGCUUUUGGGCAGUUCCUUCUGAAGCAAAAAUCGCAAUGGUUGGACGAUGGAAGGUGGGACCUGGAAAGUCUUUAUUUGAUGCCAUCUACAGAGAUCUCGGGAAGAUUAAUAUAAUAGCAGAGGACUUGGGAGUAAUCACAGAGGACGUGGUUGACCUUAGGAAAUCCAUUGGGGCACCUGGAAUGGCUGUCCUCCAGUUUGGGUUUGGAAGUGAUUCUGGUAAUCCCCAUUUGCCUCAUAAUCAUGAAUACAAUCAAGUUGUCUAUACCGGGACUCAUGAUAAUGACACGAUGAUGAUCUUAUUAUCUUGACAUUCUGAAAAGAGUUUCUGUUGUUGAAUAUAUGGCUGCAAGUGGAUGGAUUCUUCAAUUCCAUUUCACAGUGCAGAAACCCAAAGUUGGCUUGAAUUUCUAGUGAAGAUCAACACCAGCCACUUUUUGUUGAUUCCCUUGUCGCCACUUUAAAUCAAACGCAAAACGUAUUAUGAAGCUUUUGUUUGCCUAUAUGUAUUGAUGGUUUGUGAAGCUCAAGUGUGGCAAUUUGUUUGUUGACUGGUGAGGGAGAGAUAUGGCUUGAGUUUCAAAUACUAGGACUUUGAUGAGGGAAACCUUUGUAAUAUCUUCUCCAUGUUUUGUAAUACGCUGCGCGUGAAAGUAGGUACAGGCCGAACCACACAAAAUUCAUUUGUUUGUGUGCAUUGUUGACCUUAUGGCACACCACCUGUUUCCUUGGUGUUCUCUUCUGGCACCCUUUUAGUCCCUUUAUCAGUAAAUAAUUCAGGAAAAGGUCCCCAUUCUGAUUUUACCCAGCAGAAUAAUGAAUAGGAAACUGAAUAUUUGAGUUCACACAUGGAAUCUCAGAUCAGA